UGCUCGUUCUGUCAGGUUUGUGCGCCCGCCCCGCCCGGCUGUGCCGCGAUGUUCCGCGUGCUGCGCCUGGGCCCGCUGCGGCCGCCGGCACUGCUCCGCAGCCCUCUGCCCGCCGCCGCCGCCUUCCGCCCCCCGGGCCUCGAGCCGCGCUUCGGUCGCCCUCUUCUCGGGCCGCCGCCGCCGUGCUGCGUAGCGCUGCGCGCCGCCGCCGGCAGCCCCGCUAAGGAUGCAGGAUCCCCUGGAAAGGCAGCCACGGAUCUCAGUGGUGAAAACAAGAAACUCAACAAAUCUCAGCAGCUGAAACAAGUCUUCAAAGAGUAUGGUGCUGUAGGAGUUUCAUUCCACGUUGGAAUUUCCUUAAUAUCUCUAGGAAUCUUCUACGUGGCUGUGUCAAGUGGUGUGGAUAUGACUCCAGUUCUCCUCAAACUUGGUUUCAGUGAAUCAUCACUGCAAUCUAAAAUGGCUGCUGGUACAAGCACCUUUGUGUUGGCAUAUGCCAUUCACAAGCUGUUUGCUCCGGUACGAAUCAGCAUCACUGUAGUUUCUGUGCCAUUUGUUGUCCGAUACUGCCGGAAGAUUGGUUUCUUCAAAGCUCCUGCUCCAAAGCCAUGAUAAUUUCUUAUUGUUUAUUAUUCUUUUUUUUGAAAUGUUUAAUAUCUGGGUAGCUCUUCAGAUACUCCUUUGGAUUCGUGCUAAUGCUGACCUUCUCUUGCAUUUCUCUUGCUUGUUCUUUCAGGUAAAUGUGACAGCAAAAACUGCUGUCCUUAUCUUCUUUCCCUUUAUAAAAAGCUCUUAAAAUAGUGUCUGGUUUCCACUGCAAGUGGUAAUAUAAAUGCUUGACAAUGUGCAGUCUCUCACAAAAACCAGGCACGCAGUUCUGGGUCUUUAUUUUCUAGAUUUUUGGAUCAUUAAUGUUUUUCAUGCCAAAAUAUAGUUGCAGUUGUAGUUUAUUACUAUGCAGGUGGGAAACAGAGUAAGAUUCCUUUCCUAAUAGUAGAGUACUGUUUUUUCUACGGACCCUGUAAAUAGUUGUGUUGGUAAGUAGGUAUAUUGGGAUCUAAGGUGGUAUGCGAGUGUUUCUUUUGUUACAGAAGGCAAACAUUAUGAUCCCACUCUUGCAAUCCAACACACAUGCCAAGCUAACUUUAGUGAGAGUACCUGUAUGCUCAAUUAUUGCACAGUGAAAAUUGUUUUAGCUGGAAGAGGUGAUGCACCUCUCUGAAAUUACAGCUCCUUUGUGGUGCUUCUCUUUCAAUACUUUGUUUGAAACUAUGCUUUUCUGACCUUCCUAAGGUCUUUUUUUUUUCUUUUCCUUUUAUUUUUAAAUGCUAUACUCAUACUGAGCCUGGUGAAAUCAUUGUGACCAGAAUUACCUCCUAUCUGAAUGUAUUCCAAAGAUAAAGUGAGAGGCAAAGUA